AUGGAAAUUAAUAAUGAAGGGAAGAAGUGCAAUAUUGUAAUUAAGAAGUAGAAGUGAUGGCGAUAGUAGGGGAAGAAAGGCACAAAAUAUUCUAUGCCUUCACCUUUUCCCAUUUAUUCCAUAGAUAUAUGCCAAGUCCAAAACCACUUGACACACCUUUGCCAACUUCCCCUCUCUUAAAAAACCAGACAAACACUCAAACAAACAUCAAACAUGGGAACCAACAAAAACUCUUUUUCUCAAUUCCAAACAGAGUUCUUACCCUUCAACGAGAACGACCCUCAGGACAUGGUCAUAUACCAAGUUCUCAACGAGGCCAAUGCUCUCUCCAACCCUCACCAAAGACUCCACCAACCGCAAUUCGCCCUCGACCCCACCAGAAACAUCGCCAAAAAACACUACAGAGGAGUUCGCCGCCGACCCUGGGGGAAGUACGCCGCCGAGAUUCGGGACUCCGCACGCCACGGCGCCAGAAUAUGGCUCGGCACUUUCCAGACCGCCGAAGAGGCCGCCAUGGCUUACGACCGCGCCGCCUUCAAGAUGAGAGGCGCCAAGGCUUUGCUCAAUUUCCCAGCCGAAAUCGUGGCUGCGGCCGCCUCAGAGUCGUCGUUCAAUAAUAAUAAUAAUAAUAAUGAUAACAACAACGAUGCUGUCUCUGAUUCUAGUGGUGGAAGCUCUUGCAUCACCAAUAAUUCCACUCAGGUAAAUGGGUCUCGAUCAGAAAGCACAAGUAGCACUAGUUAGGGGUUGCACAGAUGUAGAAUUUUUUUUUUUUUUUCUUUCUGGAAUGGGUUGGUUUAUCAUGGUUUGGUUUAAUUAUUACCACUACAAAUUAUUUGUAUCUGUCUGUCAGACAAUAAUUAAUUAAUUAAUUAAUUAAGUUGAUAUAUUUUGGUUUA